CACGCCUUCCUCUUCUUACAUAAAUAAAUUAUAAAAAAAAACAUCCUUCUUCUCCAACUUCCCUAAUUUUAUUUUGCAACUCUCAAAUCAUUCCGAAGAACCAAAGAGACGGCCAGUAGCAUUUCUCAUUGACACCUACAAGGUGGACUGAAAUUAGAGAUGGAUACAGAAAGUCCUGCUCCAAUACUUGAAAAGGAUACUAAAGCUGUGGAGACUUCGCUAGAUAGCUCUCAUCUUGGCAAGAAGAAUCAGAAGAAAGCCCCAAAAAGAAUACAUAAAGCUGAGAGAGAGAAGCUGAAGAGAGAGCAUCUAAAUGAGCUUUUCCUUGGUUUGGCUAAUGCUCUUGAACUAUCUGAGCAGAUGAAUGGAAAAGCCUCCAUCUUGAAUGAAGCUGCUCGAUUUGUAAAGGACAUGCUUUCUCAUAUCAAGCAUCUGAGGACAGAAAAUACAACUUUGCUGUCUGAAUCUCAGUAUCUGACUGUGGAGAAAAAGGAGCUUCAGGAUGAAACUUCAGCUCUGGAGGCUGAAAUUGGCAGACUGCAGAAUGAGGUCAAAGCAAGGGAAGCCAAGACCAAUCUCGACCUAAAUCUAGCUCCUCCAGAAAUUCAGCACCCAGAGUUCGCCUUACAAAAUAAUUAUAUGAGCUUACCUGCUUCAGAACAUGCGUUUCAAGACACACAAAUUAUGAACCCUGCUUAUGUCUUUCCGUUUAGUUCUAAUUCCCACGUUUAUCCAGCGCCCGAUGCUACAAAGUCCACGGCUACGCCCACAUCUACUGUGAAGAAACCACAGGCCAGAUAUCCCACUCCAGCUGAUGUAUGGCCAUCCCAAAUCUUUGAAAAGCGGCCUCGGUUAUUAGGACAGGAAGUUCAAGAUGGUGCAUAAUAAUGUUAGUCUAGAAGAAAUGCGCCAUUCGUAGAAUGACAUGUAUAAUUUGGUACUAUAGAUUUAGCUCGAUAAGCAGCAAAUUCAGCAAUACUUUGGACUUGCAGCUAUCCAUGGUAUAUAACCUUCCUUGUUUUGAUCAA